AUGCAUGGCUUCUCCGCAGGCGAAGACUCCAUCAGCACACUGGGCAUGAUCCUUGGAGUGGGACUGUCACUGCUGCUCGUGUCCAUCCUAGGCUACAGUUUGGCCAAGUGGUACCAGCGCGGGUACUGCUGGGACGGGCCUAACUUUGUCUUCAACUUAUACCAAAUCCGGAACCUGAAGGAUUUGGAGGUGGGACCACCCUUCACCAUCAGCGGCCACAUGAGCAGUCCAGAUGGCGGCUACAUGAGGUUCUCCAAUGAAAGAGUCUGACGGAAAAGCUUCUAGCUUCUGAAGGUCAGGAGAGGUUCAGGGUGAUGUCUCCCAGGCACCUGGUCUGCUCAGGCUUCCGUGACCACCAUAAUCAUCUCGAUGCUUCUUGAACUGCCUUCACCUGCAUUCAAGUGCUUCUUUGACAUGAAUGGAAAAGUUCUGCUCAUUCAUGUGUUCAUUUAUUCACCAGAUGUUUGCAGAGUGCUCAUUACUGUGCACUUGGCGUUGGGUGUAGAGGGCACAGAGGCAAAGCAAGAGGCGUUUCUGCCAUCGAUGAGCUGGAAUGAGUGCCGGGUAAAGAACCCUCCAUGGGACCUCGUAGAGAACUAACGGAAGCAUUCAAACUUCAAGACUACUAGCUCUAUGUGACAGAUGAGAAGACCAAGGUACAGAGGGAUUCAUUUGCAAAGAGCAGACCAUACCUAGCAUCCAGAGAAGCACUCUUUCCAUUCCCUGGGGCUGCCCUGGAGGCCUCUCCAGCCCAAUAGCUUCACUGUGGUAGUUGGUUAGCCUGAGUGAACAGACAUCACGUGCUUCCCCUGUCUCCACACCCUCCACUCCCUACCGGGCUCCACAGCAUUGGCCCAGUUGCCUAUGUGGACUCUUUGCUGGCCUUAGAUCCUGGGAUCACAUUUUGUAUUGCCUGCCCAUCAUGGACUCCAUGUCUGAGGCUUCCCACCUCCAAUUAGCAUAGUUAAUAUACCACAUACUUCAGCUCUU